GUCAUACCGACUUAAAAACAAGAAAGGAAUAGUGACAUAGUAUAUAUAAAAUUCAAACUCUGAAAAUUCCAUUCCAGACAAAUACCUAAGAAGCUCCGGUGGCAGAUACCUAUACACAUACGUCUAGCGCCCAAUUCAUCCUAUCAUCAUCAAAUUCAAAACAACAAAAGAACACAACUAUCAGGCAGUCCAACACAACAACAAACACGAAACUCAGCACAGAUCAGAAAAGCACAAUUUGGUGUCUAAUUUCGGCCACGCUAAAUUGAAUUUGUCACUCCUAUCAAUACGUGGUUAAAUUUUCGUGGCAAACUUCCGUUUUUGUGGUAGUGUCAACGUAACAUUGACAUUAGCAUAGAUGUUCAUUGUUCAACUUGCCCACAAUUAUUCCCUUAUUAGACACUACUGAGAAACGCACCAUCUAAUAAUUAUGCCAAAGCAACUUGCAUUCAAAUCUCCAUUCCAAAUCAUCAUUCGCCAUAAUCAUCAACCACACUUCCAGGUUCCAGCAUGGACCCUCGCUUACUGGCCAGUCAUUACAUGGUCAAACUCAGCCGCACCCCCAUCACCCAGAUACUAGCACGUGCCAUCCACGCUCACAUUCUUACCUCUGGCUUUAGGCCAUCCACUUUCAUCCUCAACCGUCUCAUUGAUGUGUAUUGCAAGUCUUCAAAUAUUUGUUAUGCCCGCCAACUGUUUGAUGAAAUUCCCAAACCAGAUAUUGCUGCUAGAACCACUCUGGUUGCGGCGUACUCUUCCAUGGGUAACAUAAGGCUUGCUAAGGAGGUGUUUUAUGCCACCCCUUUGAGAAUUAGAGAUACAGUUAGUUAUAAUUCUAUGAUAACUGCUUAUUCACGUAAUCGUGAUGGGCAUUCUGCUGUUAGGCUCUAUAAAGAAAUGAGGGUGGAGGGGUUUGUGCCAGAUCCAUUUACUUUUGCAAGUGUGCUAAGUGCACUUUCGUUGAUAGCGGAUCAGGAGAGACACUGCCAGCAGCUGCAUUGUGAGGUGAUCAAGUGGGGAGUGGCGUGUGUGGUGUCGGUAUGCAAUGCUUUGAUGAGUGCGUAUGUGAAUUGUGCGAGUUCACCAUUGGUGUUGUCUUCAUCGGUGAUGGCUGCUUCUAGGACGUUGUUUGACGAGAUGGAAGAGAGGGAUGAAUUGUCAUGGACCACUAUUGUUGCUGGGUAUGUAAGGAAUGGUGAUCUUUGUGCGGGGCGCAAGCUUCUCGAUGGGAUGACUGAAAAGAUAGUUGUUGUUUGGAAUGCCAUGAUAUCUGGUUAUGUGCAUCAUGGGAUUUAUGAUGAAGCAUUUGAGUUGUUCAGGAAAAUGCAAUCCAUGGGAAUUAAGUUGGACGAGUAUGCUUACACUAGUAUAAUUAGUGCUACUUCUAAUGCUGGAUUGUUCAGGUUAGGAAGACAGGUGCAUGCUUACAUUCUCAGAACAGAGUUACAACCUUCAGAACAUUUUAUUUUGUCGGUAAAUAAUGCCCUAAUUACGUUCUACACUAAACAUGGUAAAUUGGUUGAGGCAAAGGAAAUUUUUAACAAGAUGCCCAUAAGAGAUCUAAUUUCUUGGAAUUCAAUUUUGUCUGCCUGUGUGAAUGCUCGGCACAUUGAGGAAGCUAACUCCAUUUUCAAGGAGAUGCCAGAGAGGAGUCCCCUGGCAUGGACAGUGAUGAUAUCGGGCUUAGCACAAAAUGGUUUUGGAGAAGAAGGUUUAAAGUUAUUCAACCAGAUGAAGUUAGAGGGACUGGAGCCAUGUGAUUAUGCAUAUGCAGGAGCAAUUACGUCGUGUGCUGUUCUUGGAUCAUUAGACAAUGGACAGCAACUGCAUUCUCAGCUACUUCGUUUGGGACAUGACUCAAGCCUCUCUGCCAGCAAUGCAUUGAUUACAAUGUAUGCAAGAUGUGGUCUUGUUGAAGCUGCCUAUGAUGUGUUCCUCACAAUGCCUUAUGUAGAUUCAGUAUCUUGGAAUGCCAUGAUUGCAGCUCUUGCACAACAUGGAAGGGGUGUCGAAGCCAUUCAACUUUAUGAACAGAUGUUGAAGGAAGAAAUAUUACCUGAUAGGAUAACUUUUCUCACAAUUCUUUCUGCUUGUAGCCAUGCAGGUUUGGUCAAAGAGGGGCGUCAUUAUUUUGAUACAAUGUGUACUUCUUAUGGUAUAACCCCAGGAGAGGAUCAUUAUGCUCGUUUGAUUGAUUUAUUAUGUCGUGCCGGUAUGUUGUUAGAAGCAAAGAGUGUAACUGAAUCAAUGCCUUUUGAGCCCGGUGCACCUAUUUGGGAGGCUCUUCUUGCUGGUUGCCGGAUUCACGGGAAUAUUGAUUUAGGAAUUCAAGUUGCUGAGCAACUCUUUGAGCUAAUGCCACAGCAUGAUGGAACCUACAUAAUCCUGUCCAAUAUGUAUGCCACUUUAGGUCAGUGGGAUGAAGUGGCCAGGGUGAGGAAAUUAAUGAAAGAACGAGGGGUGAAGAAGGAACCUGGUUGUAGUUGGAUCGAGGUUGAAAACAUGGUCCAUGUCUUUUUGGUUGAUGAUGCUGUUCAUCCUGAGGUACUAUCAGUGUACAGAUAUCUAGAGCAACUCGUAAUUGAAAUGAGGAAGUUGGGCUAUGUUCCUGAUACGAAGUUUGUAUUACACGAUAUGGAAUCUGAACACAAAGAAUAUGCCUUGUCUACUCAUAGUGAAAAACUUGCUGUUGUUUAUGGAAUUAUGAAACUUUCUCCAGGAGCUCCGAUUCGUGUUUUCAAAAACUUGAGGAUAUGCGGGGAUUGCCAUAAUGCGUUCAAGUUUAUAUCCAGAGUAGUCAAGCGAGAGAUAGUAGUGAGAGAUAGGAAGAGGUUUCACCAUUUUAAAAACGGUGAAUGUUCUUGUGGCAACUACUGGUAACAAAAGGUUCUCUUAUUUGGUUCUCAUCAAUGAUUGCUUUAAUCUCAACACUGGUCAAACAGAUGAAUAUAUAAGUGGAGCAUCUGUUAUCAGGAAUUCAAAUUUGAGAUUGAUAGUAGUCCCCAAAAUGAUCUUGAUCAUGUGUGUGGCAGAAACACCAAGAGCAGAGUAUGGUGGAGGCAUUAUAAUAAAUCCAGCAUUUGAUCACAGCAUAGAUGGUUGGACAGUAUUUGGAAAUGGUGCUAUCGUGGAACGAAUAUCAAAUGCAGGCAAUAGAUUCAUUGUUUCACGCAACAGGACUCAACCAUCAGAUAGUUUCUCCCAGAAGGUCCAACCUAAGAAAGGAAUGCUAUACAGCUUUACUGCUUGGUUUCAGCUCAGUGAAGUAAGUGACACUGUGUGACUGUGUCAGUUAUAUUUAAAAGAAUGCAACCGAGCUGAUUCAAGGAGGCUACACAAUAACAAAGCAUGGAUGCUGGACUCUGCUAAAAGACCAAGAACUCAAAGGUGGAAAUAUGGGCUGAUAGUGUUUCCUUGCAACCAUUCACCAAAGAGCAAUGGAGAUCACAAUAUCACAUCAAGAUGAAAGCACUGAGAGGGUUCGCAAGAUCAAGGUGAGGUUCCAAAUAACACAUAAAAAUGAAAUAGCAUUGGAAGGAGCAAGCGUCUCCAUCAAACAAAGCAAGUCUGAUUUCCCAUUUGGAUGUGGAAUGAACUUUCAUAUCCUCUCAAGCAGCAAUUACCAGAACUGGUUUGCGUCGAGAUUCAAAUAUACAACUUUCACUAGUGCCAUGAAGUGGUAUAGCACAGAGGAAAUUCAAGGCCAAGAGAACGACACCAUAGCGGACGCCAUGAUCAAUUUCACCAAAGAGAAUGGCAUUAGUGUCAGAGGCCAUAACAUUUUCUAGGACAAUGAAAACACGCAGCCUAAAUGGGUCAAGUCCUUCUCUCCUGAUGAGUUUAAGGGAAGCAGCAGAAAAAAGAAUAAAUUCUGUGGUUUCAAGGUCUGAAGGUGAACUCAUGGCAUGGGAUGUGGUGAAUGAGAAUCUCCACUUAAGCUUCUUUGAGGAAAACCUCGGUGAAAAUGCUUCUGCAGAGUAUUUUUCUAAAACUUACCAGCUUGAUCCAAAACCAUUAUUGUUCAUGAAUGAGUAUAACACCAUUGAAUAUAGUGGUGAUACGGCUGCCAGCCCAGCUAAUUAUAUUGCGAAAAUGGCGAAGAUUCGGUCAUUUCAAGAAAUGAAGGAAUAUCAGCAGCAAUAGGGCUGCAAGGCCAUUUCACUGCUGGCCCGCCAAAUCUUGCUUACACGAGAGCUGCCUUGAUGCUUUUGAUACUACUUCACUUCCAAUAUGGCUCACAGAAGUGAGCGUGGAUUCAGAUCCAAAUCAGGGUGGAGUAGCAAUAAUCCAUUCUUCGAUAUGCCAGUUGUCUGGCACCAAUCCUAAUCCUCUCUGCUAAUGGAGUGGUAAGCGGCAAGUUGGAAACAGAGAACGCAUUGCUAAAGGUCUAAGCAGCACACCAAAGCCAUUCUGAAAUGGGAAUUAACAAAAUUUGGUGUCUAUGUUCUUGUUCUUAGCUAGUAUGCAAGUGAAAGGUGAGGUCAAUGAUCUAACAUAUAGCCUCUUUAUUAUGAAGUCUGCUGAACUAUCUGAUUGAAGUUUGAUUCUCUAUACCAAUGAGUUUUUUGCACUUCUCCAAUGGAUUGGCGAAGACUUUGAAUUGCUUGAACCAGUGAUCUACUUCACCCAUGAACUUGGUAUGUCAAGGCUAUGAGAUAUCUGCAGUCCAAAUAGAACAAUGAUUUCCACCGUGAUCAUGAACAUAUACACCACAUGUUGCCGCGGCGGAAUCUGUGACCGUACGAUUGGCGUCGAUUUUCAUCCAUGGUUGAGAAGGAGGAAACCAAGCUAUAUGUAUUAGAUUCACUAGGUGGAACUUGCUCGGUCAAAUCCUUAUUCAAAUCCUUUUUUCAGAUUCACUUUUUGCUUUUGUUGACUUUUGGCCAAUGCUUGAUUCGGAUUUGUUUUUGGCAUUGUCCAUUGCGCCCUGCUUUUGGUGAAGAUGAUUUCCAAGUUUGCUUUGAGAACCCACAUUCUUAGUAAGGAUAAACGAUUUCAGAAUUGACUGGAAAAUGCCAGAGAUUGGGCAAUUAGCCGAAGUAGAUUUUGGGGGACUCCUCUCCCUUUAUGGAUUAGUGAUGGAGGCAACCAGUUUGUGACAACUUUGCUUGAUUCCUUAGUGUUCAAAGACUAAUAAUAGAUCAUUUGUUGAAACAGAACCAUGCAGAAAGUUGAUAGCUAACAUAUCUUUGAAUUUAUUGAUUGAUGGAUUUCUAUGCCAUAAUUAAAUUGAACAGUGUACAUAACCUAAAUUGAUUUCUAAAAUUUCAGUAUAUUAUAUUUUAAAAUUUCAUUUUGUUCAUAAGGCGAUUCUUAUCCUUUAGUUGUUCAUAAUGCUAUAAUUGUUGUCGAAUUUAGAUGAUAAGGUUGACAAAUAAUCAUUUUAGUUGUUUUAAAAGUAAGCCACAAUUUAUAUUUAAGCAUGUCUACUUGAUGAGGAAAACCAAAAUGUUGAUUAAAGGUAGCAUUUGCAAGAAGGGCACUGAAAGAUCCAAAUUUGAGGAUAGCUCAUAGUUAGGCCUUAGCUUUUCCUUUUCAAUUAUGUUAGUAGUUGGUAGCGUUAGGCAUAUAGAUGCUACGGUUUAGAUUUAUGUAUAUUUUAGCUUUCCUUUUAUCCUAUCGCCAAUAAUUUUCAGUUUCUUCAACUAUUUGGCAUUUAUUCAAGUCAUGGUUGUAAACUUUAUGUAUAUUUUAGCUUUAUGUAUUUGCUAACAAGGCAUUCUUUCAUAUAUAAAUAAAACAGUUGGAUGAAGAACAAACCGUUUAGAAAGAGUUCAAAGCUAAAGGACAAGAAAUCUUUUAUUUGAUAAUUCUCAAAUAGUA